AUGGCCAAGAAAUGGCAGAAGAUGGCAGCCAAAGGAAGGAAAAGAAUCGCGUCGGGUGCUGUUCACGGCAGCAGCACAGGAAGAAAAACGUCGACGAGCACAGAGAAAGGCCAUUUUGUGGCCUAUGCAUCAGAUGGCAAAAGGUACAUGGUUCCCUUGGCUUGCCUCCAUCGACCAAUAUUCAGGGAGCUAUUGGAUAUGGCAGAAGAAGAGUAUGGGCUGAACAUUAAUGGUGCAAUUACACUUCCCUUUGAUUUCACAGUCAUCGACUACAUCAUGUUGCUUCUGCGGAGAGACAUGUCCACACAAACAGAGAAUGCACUUCUGGCAUCUUUAAGCGGCAGCAGAUGCUCAUCUUCCUCUGCUUUGCCCCAGAGAUACCAUUGCCAAUAUUUAGCCCUCGAAGGGUUUUGA